AUGCCAAAAGCUACGACAUCCACAUUCCGAGUCAAUCCUACUUCAGCGGCCACUCGUCCCAAUAAGAAGAAUGGUCAAUCUUCUUCAACAGCGGCUGGUGCUUCAGGUGGUGCAGCAGGAGGAGCGAGGAAUCACCUUUUCGACACAGCUAGAUUCGGUCAACAUAUCUUGACGAAUCCUCUGGUAGCUCAAGGGAUAGUAGAUAAAGCCAAUUUGAAACCUACCGAUAUCGUACUGGAAGUAGGUCCAGGUACGGGUAAUCUGACAGUCAGGAUAUUGGCUGCUUGUAGGAAGGUGGUUGCUGUUGAGAUGGAUCCAAGGAUGGCUGCUGAAGUGCAAAAGAGAGUAUUAGGAAAACCCGAGCAGAAGAAAUUGGAAGUGAUGAUCGGUGAUUUUGUCAAAGCGGAUUUACCUUAUUUUGACGUUUGUAUAUCCAAUACUCCUUAUCAGAUCUCUUCCCCACUAGUGUUCAAAUUACUCUCUCAUCGACCUAUCCCCCGAUGCGCAGUUUUGAUGUUCCAACGUGAAUUCGCCUUACGUCUAGUGGCCAGUGCGGGAUCGAAACUGUGGGGUCGACUCGCAGCCAACGUCCAGCUCUAUGCGAGGGUAGAACAUAUAAUGAAAGUUGGUAAAGGUAAUUUCCGACCGCCUCCUCAAGUCGAAUCGUCUGUAGUCCGAAUAAUGCCCAGGGACCCACCUCCACCGGUUAAAUUUGAAGAGUUUGAUGGAUUGAAUAGAGUCAUCUUCAGUAGGAUGAAUAAAACUGUUAGAGCGAAUUUCAAGGCGAAGGGUGUGGCAGAACUGAUAGAGAGGAAUUAUAAAACUUGGUGUGCAGAGAAUGGUCAUAUAAUUGAAGAUGGAUUCGAUAUCAGAGAAAAGAUAGAUACGAUUUUGUUGGAUUCUGGAUAUGCGGAUAACAGAGCUGCCAAGAUGGAUGUGGACGAUUUGUUAAAGUUAUUGGCUGCUUUCAACGUCGAAGGGAUGUGA